AUGCGCAUUUCACCCCCUUCCGAUUUCCUCAACCUUUCGGUGGGCCUCGUAAUGGCCAUGUUCGCCGUGGGCGGGGCAGCUUUGCCGCAUGCCGCUCGGGCUACCACGAGCUCCUGCUCCCGGGCCUGCAUGACCGCUAUCAUCACCGACGUCUUGGACUCCAUGGUGGCCCAUGACCCCCUGCUGGCUAUCGAUGCCGCUCAGGGUACUGGGUACUUCGCCCUUGAUGUCAAUGAGGGCAACGAUGAUGUGCAAACCAUCCUUCGUGGUCGCAUUGCGGUUGUCGACCAGAAGAUCACCGAGCUCGAGUUGUUCCUCAACCGUAACCGUGGCGACCACGGCUUCUCCUUCAACGCUACUCAGCUUGUGCCCAACUACCGGACUCUGAUGAUGCCCCCGGCUAAUCGCACCAAGAAUAGCCGCAAGACCCUCGAGACUGUGAGCGAGGCUCUGUUUGCUACUUCCAGCGAGACUGUGGUUACUGUCGAUGAUAACUGCCAGUUCACUGAGCUGGGCUGGAAGGUUGUCGACACUGGAGUGUAUGGAAACGGCACUACCGACCCUCUCGGCUGCAACUGGCCUGACAGCCACCCUACCGACGAUAACGCUCGUGUGAAUCUGGUUAUUGAUGAGGAACUGGGCUUCAUCGUCACCAGCGGCAUCAUUCCCGGCAAGGUCUACCCCUACAACGGCAACGUUUCUGCCUUCAUCCCCAACAGGAUGACCGACGCUCAGGCCGCUCAGGAUGUGUGGUUCGCCGAGAUGAAGGCUAAGGCAACUCUGCCCGUCCUCUCUCCCAUGAACGCUACCGGCGAUACGCUCGAGGUUCUCCAGUACUACAACGGCAAGCUCCAGGCUAUGCAGAUCAACGUUUUCAUGAAUGGCCCCAGUAUGACUUCUGCUUGGUUGUAA